GUUACUUGAAAGAAAAAGCGCAUAAAAAUGAAAAUUUGUAAUUUAUGUGCUAAAAAUAGUGAACAAGUUAAAAAAAUUAGUGAAAACAAUUCAACAAGUGGUAGUAAUGUAAUAAAAAUACAAUAUUUAUUACAAAUAUUUCAAAAUGAUAUUGUGCAAUUUCUCCUGGACAAUAAGGAAUCUCUAAUAUGCCACAAUUGCCUGCAACAAUUAAAGAAAUGUUAUGAAUUUGUGCAAAAAAUUAAAGCAUCAGAAAAAAAAUUUGUUCAAGCCAAAGAAAUCAAAACGGAACAUGAUUAUAUUGAAUCAUUAACGGGGAAUGUGACGAACAAUGAAACGACAAAUGCAAAAGUAACGGUUCAUGAAAAAAGCAACAAUGAAAAUGUGUUUAAAACUAACCUCAAAUUUAAGCUGAUUUUGCCAAAAACCUGCUCGUCAAAGGAAAUUGUUAAUAAAAACAUUGAAACAUUAGUGAUUGAAAAUAAAACGCGUUUAUAUAAAUGUUUACGUUGUGCGGAAUCUUUUAAAUCGUUUAAACAAUUAAAACAACACGAAGUGGAAUUUUGUGAAAAUAAUAUAUUAAAAGAUUUACAAAUUUGUGUCUACUGUCAUAAGUGCUUUAGUAAAGAGAUUUCAUUAAGUGAUCAUAUAACUCAAAAGCAUCCACAACAAGAAUUUCUAUGCUGUUUGUGCCAAGAUAAAUGCUUUGCUGCAAAAGGUUAUUUGGCUCGUCAUAUUAAGAAAGUGCAUGAUCAUGAGAUUUUACAAUAUUUUUGUGGAGAAUGCCCCGAGCUUAUGUGUCUGUCCACGCCGCAGGAGUUACAAGAACACUUUUUAUGUAAACAUCCUUGUCAGAGUAGCAGCAAUGCUAUGGAACAUCAAACACAAGCAACAUUAAAUGAUGAUGAUAUGGAUUUGGAAAUGCAUGAAGAAUUCUUAGAUGAAUUUUUACUGGCUCAUACAAAUGAAAACGCAUUUCAAUUUUCAGAAUGUUGGGAAGCAUUAGAUCUUCAUCUGCCCGAUAUGUUGCAAACAACAACUACAAGUAAUCUUAAUAAUGUUAGUGAAUUUACAGAAGCAUUUGGUUGUCCUAAAUGUUUUGAACAAUUUAAAAAUCCUCAACCUUUAUUAAAGCACUUGGCUGAGUUUCACAAUUUACCCGUAUUAAUAUGUCGUAAAUGCCAGAAAUGUUUUCCCUCUUUUAAAGAUUUUAAAAGGCAUAAACUACAGACGUGCUUGAAUACUACACUUCCUCUCAACGUCGAAUGUCCUUAUUGCCGAAAAACUUUUAAUAAUUCAGCCAAUCUUAAGCAACAUAUACGCAUUGUUCACAGUCAGCUAAAACGUCAUAUUUGUCAAUUGUGUGAUAAACAAUUCUCCACUUUGGAUCAUCUAAAGAAACAUGUCUUGAGUCAACAUCAAAAUGAACGUAAACAUUUGUGUGCGGUUUGUGAUAAAAGAUUUACUCAAUUGGGUCAUUUGAAACAACAUUUGGCUAUUCACACUACCGGUAAAACGUUAAAGUGUUCAGAGUGUUCUUUGAAAUUUUGGCGUAAAAUCGAUUUGGAAAGACAUCGUCAGAAGAAUCAUCAUGUGCAGUGCGGAAAAUAAGCCACUAAUAAAGAAGAAGCAAAUAAACAGGCAACACAUAAUGCUCUACUGGAUUCACCAAUACGAGGACCAACACUCUCAACCAGCACAUCAAGUUUUGAAGCUUUAGAUCCUCAUGAUCCAAAUCUAAG